AUGGAACGCGGGGAGGGGGAUCAGCCGAGCCCCGCCAAGCCCCGGCCCUGCCCGCGGUGGCAUCCGCGCUGCGCGGAGCCUUUUGUUAUGCUAAUCCGAGCUGACAUCACUCCGCAUAUCAAAGCCGAGGGGGCCGCAUAUAAGGCGGCUCCGGGGCCGCCCCGUCAGAGCGGUGCCGGUCCCCGGGCGGAGCUCAGAGUGAAGCUGAUUUCCUUCGGCAAAUUGGAGAAGGUGCAGAAAAUGAAGCCAAGUCUGCAAUUUUUCUUAGCUGGUUUUCUGUUGAUUCUGCAGACAAGGCUUUGCUCUGGGAUAAAAUGGAUAGCUCUGUCUAAGACUCCCUCAGCUUUGGCCCUGAAUCAAACCCAGCACUGCAAGCAGCUCGAAGGCCUGGUGGUUUCUCAGGUGCAGCUGUGCCGCAGCAACCUGGAGCUSAUGCAGACCAUUAUUCAGGCAGCACGGGAAGUGAUAAAGAUCUGCCGUAAAACUUUCUCAGACAUGCGGUGGAACUGCUCUUCAAUUGAGCUGGCUCCUAACUACCUGCUGGAYUUAGAGAAAGGUACAAGGGAGUCAGCAUUUGUGUAUGCCCUCUCUGCUGCUGCCAUCAGCCACACCAUUGCCAGAGCCUGCACCUCCGGGGACCUCCCUGGCUGUUCCUGUGGUCCCAUCCCAGGUGAGACACCUGGACCUGGGUAUCGAUGGGGAGGAUGUGCAGACAACCUCAACUAUGGUCUUAUCAUGGGGUCCAAAUUUUCAGAUGCUCCCAUGAAGAUGAAAAAAUCAGGAUCACAAGCCAAUAAACUGAUGCAUCUGCACAACAGUGAAGUAGGGAGACAGGUCUUGAAAGCCUCUCUUGAAAUGAAAUGUAAGUGCCAUGGAGUUUCUGGGUCAUGCUCUAUCAAGACCUGUUGGAAAGGCCUUCAAGAACUGCGAGACAUUGCAUUGGACCUCAAAAACAAAUAUUUGUCUGCCACCAAGGUCGUUCACCGGCCCAUGGGCACACGCAAAUACCUUGUGCCAAAGGAUAUUGAUAUCAGGCCAGUUAAAGAGACAGAGCUGAUUUACCUGCAGAGUUCACCUGAUUUCUGCAUGAAGAAUGAAAAAGUGGGGUCACAUGGGACCCAGGACAGGCAAUGCAACAAGACUUCCAAUGGGAGUGACAGCUGCGACUUGAUGUGCUGUGGCAGAGGCUACAAUCCCUACAUGGACAAAGUGGUGGAGCGUUGYCACUGCAAAUACCACUGGUGCUGCUACGUGACCUGUAAAAAGUGUGAGAGGACUGUCGAGAGAUACGUGUGCAAAUGAAAACCUUCCUCUGCCCAGCUGGGAGCUGAGAUGGCAGCRGGACCCCAGAACUAUUCAGAAAAAACAUUUCCUUGACUAGACAUCAUUUAUCUUGUAAAGACACAAACUUGAGGAGAGAUGGUAGGGGGAAAAAGCAGCAAUCACACCAGUAAAAAUAAGAACGUAAAAUUACUUCCCAAGAAGSAACAAACCCACAAGUGUUUGCCCCUACCAAUAAAAUGCUCUCUGAGAAGACAAAACCUCAUUUGGGAUGGUAUCUUCUUCCAAAAUAUUUCCUAUGGUUGCCAAUGAUGUCCAGCCUUCAAGUGCCUUAGUAUUCUGAGAAACAAAUAUAUAAACUUCCCCUGGGGGAAGAAAAGCAACUUUUGUUUGACAAUAGCUAAGGCUCACACCUGCCUACGCCUUCUAACACAGGUACUGAGUCUCCAUUAGGACCAUCCCAGAAGGCAAAAUGCUGCAUUUUUUUCAGCAAUGACUGCCUUUGUUGCCAAAGACUUAAUUUUUAGCAGGGAAUCAUCCAUUCUGAAUGAUAAAAGUGGAAAGAUUUCAGGUGAAUCCCCUGAAAUUAAACACUAAUUUUAAUCUUUCUUUUACACAGGUCUGUGACUUUGAAUUUAUUGCUGAAGGAAAAUAUGUCCUUGAUUUGUCCAGGAUGGACAAAAUUCAGCCAUGAAAAAGAAUCCCCUGGAAUCCUGCAGCCAGUGAGAUUAGGGUAGGCUAAGAAGGACUUUAUGGGGUCCACARGACAGUGGUAGAGCCAUUAGGAUAAAAUAGCAAAGUGAACUCAAAGUCCAGUGGGAUGGGAAAGUAAAAUAAAAAAGCAAGCUUCUGCUCUCUAUCUCUUUGCCCUUUGGGUGUGGUACCCUUAGUCACUGACAUUCUUCCACACUGGCCCAUCAAGUCCUUGGGGAAAUACGCCACUGGCUGUUUUUCCCCCACAAAACUAUUGGUGCAACCCCAAGAAACUGCAGAGGGCAGAGUGGUCCUGGCUGUAGGGAGUUCAGCCAUGGAAGGCAGCAGCUAUUCAUGGCAGGAAAGAAUGGGAACAUUGUCAGAUCUUCAUGUGGCCCUGCCCUGCCACAGCAGAGAACCACUGUCUGUGGCUAUACAUAUUUUCUUUUGUAUGCGGAUAUACAGAAAUAUUUAUAUCUCAUGCUUUUGUCUACUUUACUUCUUACAUAAAUAUAUGAUUGUAUUAUAAACAAGCAUUAACAAUAGUAUUGAAAUAAAUGCUGAAGUUACUGGUUCAACAGCAAAAUUUUAGAUUAUUAUGUUUCACUCUCCUGCUUGGAAAGCAAUUUUCCUUCCAAGAAUGGGAAAAGGUUAUGGUUGAGGCRCUCACUGGCAUAGGAUAGGUAAGUUCCUUUAUUCCCUGCCUCCCCAGCCUCUUAUUUUGAGCAGAAUUAGCCAAGAUACUGCCAGGACAAUGAAACAGAACACUUGGAGAAAAGAAGAGUCACCAUUGCUCUUUUGGUUUUUUAAUCAGCGAUCACUCUCAUUGCAAAAUUUCCAAAUGCCCCUGAGGAGCUUAAUAACAAAAGGACUAAUAGCUCUCACGUCAUGGGUGGUUGGCUUCUGCACAUGGACAGGAGUUGCUGUGCAGGGAACCUUUUAGCUUAGCCUGGAUUCCCUUCUUUGCUUUU